CGCGCUCUCCUUUACCCGCGGGAGUUCGGGCGCUGGGCAGGGCCCAGUUGGGGGCGAGGGCAGCGGAGAGCUGUCGGUGCCUCAGUGAGGAUGGGAGUCCCUAGGACCCGCAGCUGAGCGACCCAGCUCACAGCGGAGAGGACGCACCGGAGGAAGGUGAGCCUGGCUGUUCCUCUGGGAGCCCAACACCAUUCCCGCGCCGCCACAAUGAUCCCUCCAAGCGGCGCCCGCGAGGACGGCGUGGACGGGCUGCCCAAGGAGGCAGCGAGCGCAGAGCAGCCGCCCUCUCCGGCGUCCACCAGCUCCCAGGAAUCCAAGCUCCAGAAACUAAAACGAUCACUUUCUUUCAAGACCAAGAGUCUACGGAGCAAAAGUGCCGAUAACUUCUUCCAACAAACCAACAGUGACGUGAAGCUGCAAGGGGACAUGCUGGCUGAGGUCAGCCCCAGCCCCAGCCCAUUCCCUGGCCCCGCCAGCCUGACGUCCACACCCACCAGGGCUGGCCUGCACCCGGGCAGCGUCAAGGCCCAUGCCUUUCAGGAACACAUCUUCAAGAAGCCCACUUUCUGUGACGUCUGCAACCACAUGAUCGUGGGAACAAAUGCAAAGCACGGACUACGCUGCAAAGCCUGUAAGAUGAGCAUCCACCACAAGUGCUUGGAUGGCCUGGCACCCCAGCGGUGCAUGGGCAAGCUGCCCAAGGGGUUUCGGCGUUACUACAGCUCCCCCUUGCUCAUUCAUGAACAGUUUGGAUGCAUUAAAGAAGUUAUGCCCAUUGCCUGUGGCAAUAAGGUGGACCCUGUCUACGAGACGCUCCGCUUCGGCACCUCGCUGGCUCAGAGGACAAAGAAGAGCAGCUCUGGCAGUGGCUCUGAUUCACCUCCCAGAACCUCUACAUCGGAUCUCGUCGAGGUUCCUGAAGAAGCUGACGGGCUUGGAGACGGGUACGACCUACGGAAGCGCAGCAACAGCGUGUUUACGUAUCCAGAAAAUGGCACUGACGAUGUCCAAGACCAAGCAAAGAACAUAAACCACCAGGAACCUCUUCCCAAAGACCCAUUACAGAUGAACACCUAUGUUGCCUUGUACAAGUUUGUACCACAGGAGAGUGAAGAUUUGGAAAUGAGACCAGGAGACAUGAUUACUCUUCUAGAAGAUUCCAAUGAAGACUGGUGGAAAGGGAAAAUUGAAGACAGGAUUGGCUUCUUUCCAGCCAACUUUGUUCAGAGAGUACAACAAAAUGAGAAGAUUUUUAGAUGUGUUAGAACCUUCAUCGGGUGUAAGGAACAGGGGCAGAUAACACUGAAAGAGAAUCAGAUCUGCCUGACUUCUGAAGAAGAACAAGACGGCUUUAUCAGAGUCCUCAGUGGAAAGAAGAGAGGCCUAGUCCCCCUGGACGUCCUAGAAAACGUCUGAGUGCUGGGCCCUCCUCCUUUUGCAGCAGGCGAGUCCUGCUGUGAUGCCUCAUCUCACACUGUGUCAACCCCGAGGAGCUGUCGCACUGACCCCGGCCACCCAGAACACAGACAAGACUCAAGCAUCUGAGACUGGAGUGACAGCGACAAGACAGGGGGUCCAUCACACAGCAAAUCCAAGCUGCCUGAGAUGGGGAUGAGACUGAGAGAGUCACUGGCAGAGCCGAGGACGCUACCUGGUGACAGUAGCAGGGCAGCCACCACAGCUGUUCCUCAGGACUCAACUCCCUGCCUGUCCCUGUGGUCUGAGUUAACCCACUGAAAUGUACUCCAGUCUGCGGUGUGGCCCCAGCACGAGGUUCAGAUCCAUGUAGCCAAGUGUGAUUCUGGUUCCAGACCUUUGUCCUCAGUACCAACCAAUGAUCAUCAUCACAUGAGACUCCAGGCAGUCCCUCCACAGAGCAUCAGGAAGUCCUACUUCCCAGCCCCCAGCAUUCCGGGCCUCCCUGGGCUGCCCCCUCACUUUGCCACACUUUGUGAUUGUGCUGUGUCUUCUGUCCUCCAAGUAAGCCCUAGGGGUGUGCAUUACCUGUGAGAGCUCAGCUGAUGUGGCACCGACUUCAAAGACCUGAUCUGCCCAAAGAUGGCUGACAUGCAGUCCCCUCAGCUGCUUUAGUGACUGAAAUGUGACAGAGCAGGACAGGAGGCACAGAUACAAAGGGCAAAGUGGGGACAAGGUAGGACAAAGGACCCUUAUUUAUUGAAGAUUAUACAGCCCUUUCAGUAAUGAAGUCCUUUCCCCAAGGAGCUGGAGCUGGGGAAGAGAAUGUGGCAAAAAGCCUCCAAGAGGAGCUUCACUUUCAUCUUAUAUCUUCUGUGUUAGGGGAAAAUUUUCCCAUCAUGCCAUUUGGUAAAGCUCCCUCUUGGAGGCUGAGUCCACCUUACAAAGGGCCAGAAACGUAGAGAAGACCCAACAGCAUCUUAGGAGGAAAGUAGCCAAAUUGGAACCCACUCUCUUUUAGGGCAGUAUGUUAUACCCUAGUAGAUGUAAAAUGGAAAAAGAAUCCUUAAUGAUUCAGCCUCAGAGAGCAGAGAAACAUGGAGCCUAUUUAGCAUCAACUAGAGGAGUCUUGUUACUCUGUACUUGUACUAAUGUUUACAAGAAUGCAAUAUACUGUGAUGCCUUUCUCCUCCUUCAAACUUGCAUCCUGUUCCUCUUUAAUAUGGUUAAACUUAAUUCACAGUGACCUUGGAAUCAAUGUCAGUUUGAUUUAUUUUGUUGCAGAGCAAUAAAACCAUUAGAACAGUUGGUUUUUAAAAGACUUAAAAGAAUGCAUCCUGUGCAUGUCAGCAUCACUGGGAAACCAAAGCGUCAUUCGUCUCCAUUUAUUUCUUUGGUUACUGCUCAGCGUGAAGAUGGGAGCUGAAAUUGGAAGGCUGAUGGCUUCUCGGUCGUUUGGAUGCCUUAUUCUCGUUUUGAAGCCAGCCUCCAGAAGGUCCUCCCUCUCUGAUACAACAUGCGGAACUGAGU